AUGGCUGUGUCUGGCGCUGGAGAGAACUACGGGCAGAUCCAGCUCGUGGCAGUGGGUCGCAAGUUCAAGUACAACGGAUAUCAGGGGAAGUGGCUCGGCUUUCGGCAAGAGCUAGUCCCACGACCUGCUGGGGAUAAUGAUGAAGAAGCGCCCGCCGUUAUUGAGAUCUAUGCGGAUUUGUUGAUGCCUCAUCGUGGCCUUUGGGCACGCAUCGUUGGGGUCACAGAAGGGGUCGAGUGCUUCUUCCCUUCUUUGGCGCAAAGCCGGCGAAAGCCAGAUGGCCAUUGGCAAUUGGCGGAGAUGACAGAGGAGGCUGGUGAGGAUAUUGGGCGGAGCCUGAGCCUCGACCGGCAUUUCCUCCAGAGCCCCCUCUUCCAGUUCCGUCGACAGCCGCCUGGAGCGUAUGAGGCCGUGGUGGGAGGGGAGAUUGCAAAGGCUGCGGGAGCUGUGGCUGCGCCCGAGUUUUUAAAGGCUUCAGGAGCGGUGCCGGAUCCUAUUGUUGGAGCCCCUAUGGUUGUGCCUCCACGUCCGAACCUUUUGCAUCGGGUUUGGCGUCUGCUGCGAUGCCUCCGCCGCCGAAGGGCGCCGGGUGUGGAAGCAUCAACCCGCUUCCGGCAGCACGCCGACCACUGUCUGAGUGGCCGGAAGAUCUUCCAAAGCCCCCGGCGGCGCCGCCGGGAGGAAGAUGCGGACGAAAGUUCAGAUGACACCAUUAUGAGCCAGCUGUUUGGUUGCACUUCUGAGAAGCUUAGGCAACAUGCAGAGUUCCUGGCCCAGAUUCUAAUGAAGCCUCCACAGUGGAAAGAACUGAGGAAGCAGAUCACAGACUUCCUCAUGAGAAAGUUUGCCGUUUGUGUGGACGUGCGUUGCUUUGCAAUGGAUAACGACCCCAUGAAGCAACAGUUCAUCGAGCAGAACCAUCGAGGGAGAGUGCUGCGAUUUGUUGGUCACAUGUCAUUGUGCCAUGAGGUGGAAGGGAUCUUCCGCCGCUUUCCACGUGGGAGCACUGGUGAGUUUUUCCGAAAAUGGAAGGUGUUGGUCUCCAACUUGCUGGAUGAGGACAAGAACUAUGCACUGCAAAACAGCACUCGGAGGCAGAUGGUUCAGCGAGAGCUGAUCAAGCCAAGCUUUCAUCAGGCAUCGAUCAUAAUUGACAUUCUGGUUCAAAGGGUUGAACCAGGUAUCAAUUUCUUUCUACGCAGAACUCGGGUCCUAUACGACCUUCAGUACCUCAGCAACGCAAAUGAAGAGUUUCAAACACUGAAGGAUGAGUCAAAGGCUCGAUUCUUGAAAGUGAUCCGAGGGGAGCUGGGCAAGGAACUUUUAUCACGAUACAUGAGCUUUCUGUUACAUGGGUUGAGCGACUCCAUUGCUAUGGGCCUUGAGGGAACACAAGAUCAGAUUGACCUUAUCUAUCAAAUGGUCAUUACUUGUGUAUCAGACCUUCAUCGUCGCUUCAUUGAAGAGUUCCUCACACCUCCUUUCACAUUGCUGGCGUUGGCUGAUGCUGAUGAAGAGACAUUUGUCAAAGGAUGGCAAGAGUUGGUCCACAAGUAUGCCGAGUGUCAGUGCUGUGUGGACUAUGAAUUUAGCACAGCUUUGCUUGAAACCUACCCAUGCUUCUCCAUUCCACUUUCUGCAGAGCAGCAGAAGGAUGUCCAGGAUGGCAAACAUCCUGAUCGCACCCGGGAAGAUUUGGAGACAGAUGCUGACAAAGCAGCUCGCUUCAAUGUCGCUGCAAAUCGAAGAAUCCGGAAACUGAGUGGGUGGAACAUUUUUUCGAAACAGCAUCUCAGUGGUGGGAGCCACGAUACCAGUCAGUAUACAUCCAGGGUAAAGGAGGCUAGCAAGAUUUGGAAGGAGAUGAGUCAAGAUGAUCGGGAGGCCUUCGAGAUUGAGGCCAAUCAUCAAGACAAACUUCGGGAGGAGUUGGCCAAAGUCCCCUUGUCAUCAGCUGGUGCACGUAUGGAGCCUACGAACCUGGAGCAGCAAGUUGGCGCAAAGUCUUGUAAGCUUUUGUCUGCGCGGCGGUUGAAGCUCAAUGACGAUCAGUAUGACAAGCAUCCUUUGUGGGACCUCCCGACCUGCCUUGCCGACAGCAAAGGAGCGUUGCAGGUGCAAAACAUUGACAUGGACCUCACUGACAAAGACAUUGACAUCAAAUUGGGUGAGACUUUGCACCAUCCUUGUGAAACCACUCAGACGAAUGGAGAAGAUCUUCCGAAUAUUCAUGACUCACCUUGCCACCAUUUCAUUUGCAAGAAGAAUUGUCACUACCCACGAAUGGAACAACUUGUGAGGGAUUUGUGUUGGCGUCUUGAGGAGCAUGAAGUGAAGCCAGGGUCCUUAUUGCUCUUUACUGUGGCAGACAGCAGUUAUCCAGUGAUACUUGGUGUAUCCAUGAAGCGGCCCAUUACUCACAUCUUUCUCAAUGCUUCUCUUGACGCGGAGCAAGUUUCCUUCACUGACUCCACAGGUGCUUUGCCGCAGUUUCAAUCUUCACAUCAGUUGAUGCUCACACUAUUGCGAAAGCAUUCCCCAGACCCAGAUGACAUUCUUGUCGUGUCAGUUGAUGCUUGGCAUUGCAGGGGUUUUUUGGAAACGUCAGGAGAUGCCACCAUUCUCAAGAGCAACCCUGACACUUUGCUUUGCGAAUUUAAGAUCACCAGUGAAAGAAAGGCAAAAAAGAAACCAGCCAUUGUUAUUUUGCCUUUGGGCUUUGAGAACAGGUUGAAAAGCAUGAGGGCCCAAGCCAGAAAAAAAGGUGGCCAAGCAAGCCGGAAGGUCCAGAAAAAGACAAAGGUCAAAAACACAAACCCAAAACAAAAGGCAACAUCCAGUUCAGGGUCAUCUUCAGAUUCAGAGGGCAAUGCUUCCGGCUCCAACCAAACUUGCGGAGAUAGAGAAGAAGAGGAAGCAGCCCCCAUGUCAACUGUGGUUGCAAGGGAGGAGCAAGCAGUUGAGGAAGUUGCUGAUGAGGUGGUGUCUGUUGAUCUCCAACGGCGCGAAAAAGCUGAGGUCAUCAAGGCCAAUACAUCUACUGCCCGAAGUUUCUUUGCAAAAGAACUCGGACUGGACAGUGCAGGGACGGCAACAACUGGCCGCUCAAUAUGUUAUGCAGAACAAAAAUCAAUAUCCACACUGUCCGAUACUGUUGGUAUUUCUCAAAAGUGA